AUGUCGUGGCAUGACCCUUCCUGCCAGUUGGACCUGAGAUGGCACAACGGAACGCCGGGUUGUACUCGCUGCGGCCUACGGGCCCCCAACAUUGCAGCUACCAAGGGCAUCCCACCUACGCCCCCACCUCCAAGUAUCCUUCGAUCCCAGCUCAAAUGCAGCUGGCCACCACGUGUGCGGUAUGGCACAGAUCUUGACCUCGAGGACUGCGCGCAAUUCAUCCGGGACAACAUUGAUUCCUGGAAGAUCGGGGAUUCGUCCGAGGACUCAGCGUCUUCUCCAAGCAAAAAAGUGCAAGAGACGAUAAUAGGCCACGAGCCGGACGCAUCUCUCAUGGACCUUGCUUCUUCCGAACCCACCCAACUCGACAUCUACGGCAGGCUGCCUGAAAGAGAUAGCAUUCGCCUACUUCGCCUACAUGGAAGCGCCUCCCCGCAAGAUCCGGUUCACUGUUCCUUGGAGCUUGUACGACUGAACGAGCCGGAGUUGCCGAUAUUUGAGGCCCUUUCCUAUACUUGGGCCGACCUCGAUGGGAAUUCCGAGCUAAUCUGUCCAAUCUAUCUCGGAAGUGACUACCAGGUGCUUUUGAUAACGAAGAACUGCCUGUCUGCCCUGCGUCAAUUGCGCGCCCCCACAGAUCGGCUGAUCUGGGUGGACGCCAUAUGUAUCAAUCAGGGAGACGUUUCCGAGAGAGGACACCAGGUUGCCCUUAUGCGAAAUAUAUAUUCAGCUGCUUCAAGAGUUCUCGUUUACUUGGGCGAGCAAGGCUCCAAGACUGACACGGCUAUGAGUCUUCUGAAAUGUGGCGCGUCUCCCGCGACCGAACAAGAGUUCGCGGCCGUCCGACAGCUUAUGGGGAGGCCUUAUUUUCGCAGACUAUGGGUGGUGCAGGAGGUCAAGUUGGCGCACAAAGCCAGUAUCACCUGCGGAGGGUUAACCGGACACUGGAGCGGACUGCGUGCCUUCGUCGAUCUUCCACACCUCAUGAGUCCAUAUUCUCUGGGCAUCUCGUGGGUCCACAAUAAGUCCUCCUCGCUCUUCCAUCUUCUACGGGAUACCGAAAAGUGCGAAUGUGGCGAUCCAAGAGACAAGGUCUUUGCUCUGUUAGGCCUUGUUGAGGACUCAGACGCUACUGGUCUGCCAAUUGAUUACACACUGAGCAUUCAAGAAAUCUACAUUGGCAUUGCGAGCUAUCUUCUCCAAGUCACUGGAUAUGUAGGCUUCUUGGAUUCCCUAGGAGGAUCCAGACAAGUCAAAAAUUUACCAUCAUGGGUUCCGGACGGUUUAUUCUUCCCGGAGGAGAAGAAGGAACCUUUUCAUGUCGAGAUAGCGCUCGAUCUACCUCCAGAUGCGGUCCCUGAGCCUCUCCAGGAAUUCGGUCAGCCUAUAAUUCCUUUCACGGGCUGGCAUCAUAGCAACGUGAUAGCAAAGAGUAUCCUUGAAGGCCACCAGAACAUGCGCCAACUUCAGAUUCUCUCCGAAACGGCUUCCUUGGUCCUCUCUGGCUUUCCCAUCUUCUCUGUCGCUCGCGGAAAGCUUUCAAUUACGUGCGGCCCAAGCGACCCUUUACACCUUCCACAGGAUGAGGUCACACUACCGAAUUUGGGCAAUCCCGCUGAUGGUGAAGAUUUUGUGUGCUACCUAGUUCCGGCACUGGAAAGAACGCUCUUACUGAAACCACGUGGCCAUCAAGUGUUUUCUUUGCACAGCCAUUGCUCAUUUGGGGUCGGGCAAGUACCGAAGGGAAAAGCGUUAUCACCAUUGUCUCGUGUAGAUGUGGCCCACAGGAUUACGCAGAGCGAGCGAGAGAUUAUGUUACGGUGGAUUCUAAUGGUUUUCUUUCUUGGUAUCCGGUCAUCCUCACCCGCAGCAUCCGAAGAGCGCGCAUUCUCCACGCCAUGGUUCUCCAGUUUCCCAGCCGUAUGUGAGGAAUUGGCUUAUCAACAUUGUCGGAGGAUAGCUAGGGAGCCAGGCUGUGGGCACUACUUUUCCUCAAUGAAUGCGAUGCGCGACGAAGUUCUAGGGGCGCUCUCCGAUGAUGACUUGCUUGCGCUGCGACAUUUGCGGGGUCAUAGGAUAUGGCCUGAGCAAGCGACCUAUGGAGUGCGAGCAAGCUAUGGCAUACUGUCACCUUUUUCCGGAUCCACUGAUGACGGUUCAUCCUACCAACGCAUCUUACUCAACCAGAUUGAAUCAAUUCAGUCCACAUGGAACAGUUACAAUGCCUCGGCAGAUGUCCUCCUUCCGCAAUGGAAGAGCGCUAUCCAGGUUUUCAAGAAAAGCAUGGAGAGACAUGGGCGAAUAGCUGAUAUAAUCGACGGACUUCGACAUUCCGGGCACGAGCCUGUCUGGACUUUUCUCGACGAACAACGCAGAAGUGACUUCGAGUCGAGCGUGGUCGACAAACUCCUCCAGCCGAUUCCCGGGCUCAGAUGCCGCUUCUUUAAUUUUUAUGAAGUGACAUAUACACGUACGUCCCCUGCAACCAUUGUCUACCAGGGUUGGGAAUUGAUCAAGAGCAUUCCCCUUGAUUCUGCCAAAUCCUGGGAGUGGAAUCGAGAUCGUUUUCGGAUCUACCUUGCGACAUUACAGAUGGUCGCGCAGAUGAAGGCCCUUUUGUGGCAUCGGCAGAUACUGAGCCGGGUUGACGAAGUCUACCAGCAUCCAGAACGCAUCGUCAUCGUCUAA